AUGAGACCCCGCCACACAGCGCCAGAGGUAGUUCCAUCUGACAUCGAAGGGGGCGGCAACAGCUAUGGCAAGACAAUCUCUAUGGCAGGUUCCGGGGGACGGCCGAUCAUCCAGCCCUUUGAGGGCCCUGGAGCCGGUGAUGGGAAGUCGAAAGGCCGAAGGGGCAUGACCGCUGACAAAGAGUUUCUGCAGAAGGUCGGACUGGGCGUCGCUGGUGUUUGGCUCCUCGGCUGGUUGCUGCUCGGGUGGGAUGUGAUGUGGCCGCUCUAUCUGGUAUACGACCUGUUCCUUUCCCUCUUGUCUUUCCCUCCAUUCUCCUGGUUCUCCUGGAUGUUUAGUGGCUGGAUCUCCCGAGGGGCCCCGGUACUCAACCAUGGAGCGCCGAUAGAGGAGGCAACGCUUCCUCAGGGUCAGGUGUCUCAGUAUGUGAAUAGCUACGUGCAGCAGUAUGGUGAUGCCGCCUUGAUCUUCGCAACGAAUGAUGGGUAUCCGCAGAUUGUCAAGGAGCUCAUCAGCAACGAGGAUCUGGGCUACAGGGAUCUUGUGGAUGCACGCGAUGACAGCGGAAACACAGCCCUCAUCUAUGCAGCUGCCAAGGGGUUCCGGCAAUGCACUGCGGCCCUCCUGCGGGCCGGUGCCGAUCCCGAGUUGCCCAAUGAGGGCAACGGUGGUCGAACCCCACUUAUGGAAGCAGCAGGUGGAGGCUACAAAGACAUUGUUCAAGCUUUGCGAAUGAUGCCGAAUAUUGCAGUCGACAUUGCUGACGACCAUGGAAAUACGGCAUUGCAUUAUGCAGCCUAUCAUGGGCACCUCGCGGUUGUCAUGGAGCUGCUGAAAAGCAAUCCCAACAAGGACCUCAAGAACAUUUACGGCCACACGGCCGCAAGUUAUGCGGCAUCCAACAAGUUCAAGGGCAUAGCCGACGUCCUGAACAGGGCCGAUCCUGCCAAGUCACAGAGGAGAGCGCAGGAGAAGGAGAAGGAGCAUGAUGACGCAGUCAAGGCCAUGGAAGAAAAGAUUCGGGAACACUUGAAUCAGCUGAAGUCAAAGCAGGAAGAGAAGAGCAAGCAUGUAAAGGGGAAAGCUGAAGAUCUUCAUGAACGUGAUGCGGAGGACUUCGAGCCGUCCAUAGAGAGGGAGCAUGACGGCGUCUCAGAAGCCGAGCGGAAGGCCUUGGAGGAACAGUUGACCAAACUCCGCCGGCAGCACGAAGAGGCAGAGUUGAAAUCACAGAAGAAGAUUGUAGAGCUUCUGGAAAAGACUUCUGAGCAGCAGCGCGAGCUAGAUGAAGCCAAGGCGAAGCACCGUGAGAUUCAGCUCAAUCACACGGAGUUGCAGCUGAAGGUUGACGAGCUGGAGACAAAGCAUCGUACCAGCGUGCUCAAGGCGCAGGAGGAAGCCGACAGGGCGAAGGAUCUCGCAGACAAGCAUCAGGAGGUGAAGCAAGAGCUCCAAUUGCACAAGCAGCGUGCCGAAGCACUCGAGAAGGAGCGCGACCAGCAGGAAGAAAUUGCCAGACGCCACCAGGCACAUGCUCAGCAGGCGCACCAAGAAGUCACAGACCACUUGACAAAGCUUGAGGAGCAUCAAAAGGAGAUGACGGCCUUGCGAGAGCAGCUCCAGAAGGCCUCAGAGGAGAAGAAGCAGGAGGAGCAGAGAAUUCAGCAGAUGCAAGAGGAGCUCACCAGGGAGAGCAUUGAUCGAAAUCUGGGCCAUGCUCAAGCUCGAGUGGGCCGUGAAGAUGUGCUGUCCAUCAUGAAUGUCAGCUGCCUUGUCAACACUUUCCUGUUGGAGGUUCGCGUCGCCCGAGCACUGGCCUUUGGCUCCAAGCCCGACAUGCAACAAAGGGCUGACGGAUUGGUCACCUGGUUCCAGAGCCUCCGGGAGGAGGAGGUCCCGGAUGUCGUGGUCUUCAAUGAGAUCUUCUCCAAAGCUGGAAGCACCAUCUUCAAGAGACUCUGCAAUUCCAAGUGGAAGCGCAAUGGACAGAGCGGGAGGAUCCUCGACUGCGACAGCGGCCAUUUCGGCUCUGCAACUCGAGUGCUCAAUCCGGCUGGAUACAUCAAAAUUUCGGGUGGAGUCGUGAUCAUGGUGCGAAAAGGACUGACCAUGUCGGAUCCCCACGAGGAAGCGUAUGUGGACCAUGACCUCGAAGAUGGUAUGUCUCAGAAGGGAUUCCUGCGAGUACGAGUUCACCAUCCGUCCAUCGGGGAUGUGUGGGUUGUCGGCUCGCACACGCAAGCCUGGCCCAAGAAUGCUGGACUUCGUGUGAAGCAGUGGAAGCAAAUGUGGAGGCAUAUUGAAGCGACAAUUCCAGGAGGGUCCCGGGUGGUAAUUGCAGGAGACAUGAACACAGAGACAUCCGAGAUUGAAACGAUGAAGACAGAGCUGCAUGCAGAGAACACACCUCUCGCAGAGUCUGGCUUCUGGCUCCAGCUGCGUACGCCGCUGAAGUACAGCUCGUAUGGAGGUGGUGGGCAGAAUGCCUACCUGCACUAUGAUCCCGCGGAAGCACAUGAAAAAAGCCCGCAUGAUCAGAUCGUCUAUGUGUCGGACAGUGGCAAGUACACGAGUCCGGAAAGCAUGAGAUGGCAGUACCUGCCGAUGAAAUCAGAUGCCUGCUUCCCCAGCGCCAUAACAUCGCCGACCAUUUCCGUGGACGACCUGUCCGACCACUAUGCUGCUUAUGCUGAGCUCUGCUAUGGCAGUCGCUGUGCAAGCCAGACUCUUUCAGGUCAUCGUGGAUUCACUGGAAUAGGCUCGGAUUCUGAGAUGCGUUGUUGUCCUGGACGUGGCAAGCUUGGUGACAAGUGCUUCGAUUGGGCCAAUGGUGGAGUACACGAGCUCCAGCUUGCUCUCACCAGCGCGGGCGUCUGCGUCAAGACAUGGAAGAAGGAGCACAUGUUUGGGUCACCGACGACAAGAGUAUGCGCAACAGGAGUGACAGCCACAUCUUUGGACGAAUGCUAUGAGAAGUUGUCUGACUUGGAUCUUCCGUUCAAGUUGAUUGAAUGUCAAGGUUCAGAAUGGACCAUUAAAUAG